CCCAGGUGCCGAGAAGCGGUGUGAGACAUGGCUGGGGAAGAGGUGCUAUCUGCUUCGGUGGAGUCUACCGGGGGACCGGAAAAAAACGUUACAGUAGUGGAUCUCACAGGACAGGGUCUUCUGAAACUGACCACCACAUUACCAUGCGGAGCGGACACUCGAACAUUGAUUUUAGACAAGAACCAGAUAAUCAAAUUGGAGCACUUGGAAAAAUGCAAAAACCUUACACAGCUGUCUGUAGCCAACAAUCGCCUUGUUCGGAUGAUGGGUGUUUCAAAAUUAUUUAAUCUUCGAGUUCUAAAUCUGCCUCAUAAUAGCAUUGGGUAUGUGGAAGGACUGAAGGACUUGGUGCACUUGGAGUGGCUUAACCUUGCAGGGAACAAUUUAAAGGGAAUCGAUCAACUAAACAGCUGUACUUCACUUCAACAUUUGGAUUUGUCAGAUAAUAACAUAUCUCAAAUUGGUGACCUCUCAAAGCUAAUAUACUUAAGGACUCUUCUGCUGCAUGGCAAUAACGUCACAUCAUUACGAAAAGCACCAACCUGCCUCCCACAGUGUCUCGCCAUAUUGUCAUUAGCAGAGAAUGAAAUCAGGGACCUCACUGAAGUUUCAUUCCUUGCAGGUCUUACUGAGUUGGAACAGUUGUCAAUCAUGAACAACCCCUGUGUGAUGGCCACUCCUUCAAUACCUGGCUUUGACUACAGACCUUACAUUAUUAGCUGGUGCCUAAACCUUAGAGUUUUAGAUGGAUACGUAGUAUCUCAAAAAGAAAGCCUGAAAGCUGAAUGGCUUUACAGUCAGGGUAAAGGAAGAUUAUACAGGCCAGGCCAACAUGUACCUCUGGCAUCAUACCUGGCAUCUGUGUGUCCUUUGACUUCAGCAAAUAGUCUGAAAACACAGGAGGAUGCAAAGCUAGAGAAGAUACUAAGCAAACAAAGGUUGCACCAGAGACAGUUAAUGCACCAGAUUUGCAAUGAAAGCCAUCUCUCUUCUACACCAAAUAGAAGAUCAUUUUCCUUGACUGAGCAACAAAGCCCAACCCGAUCUCUCCAGCGAUCUAGUGAAUUUGAACCCACUGUAAAAGUAGACAACUGGCUUGGCACAAGUGGCAAUGAAGAUUAUGCUUCAAGAAACAUUCCCUCUAGUCCUGCUCAUUCUGCUACAACAAACUAUAAUAAUCUUUAUUUGGAAGAUAUCCAGACUGAUGAGGACAAAUUGAAUUGUAGCCUCCUUUCCUCUGAAUCAACAUUUGUGCCUGUUGCUCCAGGAUUGUCCCCCGUAUCUCCCACAGUAGAAAUGAGGGUACUGGGCUUGUCAGAUGAAGUAGAUGCCAAUGAUACUUUGUUGGAAUUUAAUAAAGAAAAGACAGAGAAGUUCUAUACAUGUUCAUAUGUCGAACAGGCAGAAUGUGAAAUGGAAAGGAAACAUGAUCCCAUUAUUCAGCCUGUGCUGUUAAAUGAGAAUGUAAAAGCAAGCCUCUCUAAUAACUUGACAUCCUCUGAUGUUAAGCCGCUAAGCGAUGACUCUUAUUGCAGUAAUAGAGAAAACAGCCAAGCGUUUGGCCUUCAGAACUAUAAUGCAGAAAACCUAAAUCGUAUGAACAAAGCCGCUACAAAACUUCAGUCACUCUGGAGGGGCUUCUACGCAAGGAAAUACAAUCCCAAGAUCAAGGAAGUAUACUAUGAAAUCAGACUGAGCAGAAUGCAGGAGCAUAUUGUCUUCUUAAGUGAAGAAAUCAUAAGGCUAAAGAAUGAGAAAGCUGAAGAGAAAAUGGAACGACUUAUACAAACAGAAGCUGUGAAAUAUCUAUGGGAGCAGGUCCGUUCCCUUAAAGAAUGGCAGAGCAAAGUAAAUGCUCAAAUUGAGAGCAUCAGCACAUUGGACAAAUCGUUGUCCAGUGUCCACGAAUGUCCAUCCAAAGUCGUGGAACAGCAAUCAGAUUCUGCUACAUCUGUUCCCGAAAAGGUUAAUGGAAACCUUGACAUCCCAGACUCUGGUUUCCAUUCCAUUAAAGUAGAACAUGGCUUUCAUCAAGAAAUAAGUAGCUCUGAAAGGAGUUCAACUGAGGGCAGUGUAUCUACCCUGGAGACAGUAAGACAUUACCAUCAACAAGAACCGCAGUGCCCAGUAGACCAAGAUACAGCUGUUGAAGUGCACAGUGAAAGCAGCAAGGACACCUCUAGCAGUGAACAAGACAUCAGUCUUCUGCAGCAGUAUUUGGACAAGGUAGAACUGUUAGAUGAAGAAGAUGACAUAAGUCACAGUGAUGUGACUGAAGAAAGUAAACCUGAAAACAGUUCAUUCAGCUCUGACCUCCAUGUUGGCAGCAUCUCCCAUGUGUGUGAAGAUGGCAAGUCAGAUAUCCCUCAGAUCCAUGAUGAUGCUUUUCAGUCAUCAGAUGAAGCACCAUGCUUGCAAAAGCCAUCCAAUAUUUAUAUACAUGUGCCACAAGGAGACUUGACACCCUAAUGAAGAAUACCAUUCAGUUGUAUUCUCGUCUUCACACACUCCAUGAUGUAAUCAAUAAAUUGCCUUUAUUGU